GGUUGCAAACUGCAACUUGCAUUUUUUUCUGGAUGUGUGGAUUUAAAUUUCAAUUUCAUCAACUCGAUUAUCCAGGAUUCAGAAUUUUGAUCAUCUGGGUUAAAUUAAUAACCAAAUCAACAUAUUAAGUGCAAGAAAAUGGCACAAUUCAGUCUCUGACAUUUCUGUGAUUUAAUAAUCUUUUUUCCUAUUUAACCUGCAAUCUUUUUCUUUCAACCUUUUUAUCUCUUGUGUUUUUUGUAAUGAGCUGUGCCUGUGAAAUCCUUAGAAUCAUGUUGCUGCUUUUAAUAAUCAAAUUGACACUAUUAAAGUCCAGCUACGCUUUAUAUGAAGAUCAAAUUCACAAGUGGGAUUGGAGACAGCAGUUCAUUGGAAUCGAUGUAGACAGCUGUAUGAGAUCUAACAGUGAAACUAAAGAUCUCAUUUUCUGCACCACCGGUGAAACAAAUGUUAUCUCAGCUAUCAAUAGAAAAGGAGAAAUAGCUUGGAGAAAUAUUCAAGAGGAACAAGGUCGACUAAUUGGCUCCUCUUUGCAUAAAACUGAUGGUUUAAUUACAGUUAGUCUAUAUAAAACGAAAAACGGGAGUAAAAUUUUCAUACGAAAAUGGUCACAAGAUGACUAUGGUUUUUUAAUCGCAGAAAAUAGUCAUUUCCUCCAAGGUAGCCAAAAUUGUUUGGUGUCCAUUGAUGCAUCUAAAAGUUUGGUCAAUGUAUUAUGUGGUGAAUCGGGUAGUCAACUUAAAAAAUUCCAGUUCUUAGUGAAUAAAGAUCAGCCAAAUGCUAAACCAGAGGAACAAGAAUGGACAAAUCUUGAUGGAAGUCCAACAGAUGUAAACCUUGAAAAUGAUUGUAUAUUUGUUGGAGUAGACAAUCUUGUUUGCUUAACAUCAUUUUCUCUACACUAUAUCGCGCUGAGAGACUCGAGAUGGUCCAAUCAACCACUUCCAGAAGCCUUACCGGGCGAUAAACGGUAUGUUCUUGAAAGAAUAUUGAAUCAAAAUGGUGCUGAUGUUGGUUACUUUGGCUUGAAAAUUGUUCGAAACACGAAGGAGACUGAAAGAUUUUACCUCUACAAAGUAGCUUCUGAUGAAGAUAAAUCAGGUGGACUACAAUGGCUAACAACAUUCCCUAAAAUUCAAAAGGUCUCAAUUUUGACCAGCGCCAACGAGCCAUCCCAUCCUCAAUUCUAUGGUGUUAGUUCAACUAAAACUGGUAUUGAAAUUUCAAAAUUUGGACUUGAUUGGAAAGUAGAGAAAUCUGUUUCGACAAAUUUCGAUUGUAAAUCUCAUGCAAACAGCUUGCAUCGAUUUUCAAUUGUUCAAUUUGGAUCCGAGAUUGAAUUUAUUGUGACAUUCGAUGACCAGCGGCUUGCUUCCUUUGAUUCUAAAGGAAAUAUGAAAUGGUCUCGCGAGGAAGGUCUUUCGUCUAUUAUAUGGUCGCAAUUCGUAUCUUUACCCUAUUUUUCAGCAUCAUCAGCUAAACAUGAUUUUCGAUCACCAAAUGAUUUUCUAUCCUUGUCUUCAUUCAAGAAUCGUAUUUACUCACAAUUUGUUUCCAUCCAAGAGUAUAUCAUAUCAUUAUAUGAAUCAUUUUUAACCUCUGAAAAGAAAACAUUAGAAGCUGUUGACGAAGAAUCAAGGGAAAAAUCAUUAGUCUCUGAUGUUUUUGGUUUCCACAAAUUACUUUUCAUCGUCACCAAACGAGGUAAACUAUUUGUUUUGGACAAUGUUCGAAACGGAAAAAUCAUAUGGACCCAUUUUGAUGCUAAAUUGAAAGAUGACAUAAUUGAAGAACAAAAAAGAAUUGAUUCCAUCGAGAUGGAACGUGGUAGAAAAUGUGAUAAAAUUCCCGUAAUCUCUGUAUACCUGCAACGUCACAAUCUUUUCACUCCAAAAGUGACCAUAGUUUCACCGAAAGGCUACUUAAUCUCAUAUAACCCAUUAGAAGGCCGAGUAGAAGAUAGUUUGGAUUUGAACACUCGUAUUAAAUUGUCCAUGUUGAUGCAUCAUGCUGAUGAUCAAGGUAUAAAAGGAAUAAUAUUGAUGAAUGAAGCAGACAAAGUUACAUUUUAUCCAGAAUCAACUAGAGAAACGUUUUUAUCUCAUAAAAAUAAUUACUACAUGCUGGUCUCCAAGCAAACUAGUGAACAAAUUUCAGGCUAUUCAUUGAGACAUCUGCAACCAACUUCUCCAGGCUCUUCACAUGAGGAUAUUGCUCAGCGAGUGUGGAGUUUAAGUUUACCCACCUUAAUAGGAUCAUGUCUUCAAGUUGGCUGGAAAGAAGUUGAUGAACACGUUCAUAGUCAAGGUAAAGUGUUAGCUGAUCGAGCUGUGCUUUACAAAUAUCUCAAUCCCAAUCUAGUGGCUCUUAUCAACCGAGGUGAAGAAUCAACUGAUGAAGAAUCUGGUAAAAUUAAUGUGGUCCAAUUUUAUCUACUCGAUGCCAUUACUGGUUCCAUUUACUAUUCCGUUGUGCAUCGACGAGCUUCUGAUCCUGUACAUUUAGUUCAUUCUGAAAACUUUAUCAUUUACUCUUUCUACAAUGAGAAACAAAGAAGAAUUGAGAUAAGCUCAUUGGAAUUAUUUGAAGGUAAAGAGAUGCCUCCUCCACCGCCAGUUCGAACACCACCUAAGAUAGUGGAACACUUGUCAUUUAUUUUCCCUACCGGUAUCAGAGCAAUGAGAGAAACACAAACAAUUCGUGGAAUUACUAAUAAACAUAUUCUCAUUGCACUUACUUCAGGAGGUAUUCUUUCUCUACCCAAAAUUUUCUUUGACCCACGACGAGCUUCAUUUGCCACCUCAAAGUACGCUUCUUCAGCAGCAGCCAUGGAGGAAGGUGGUGUCUAUCUUCCGCCUUACAUACCAGAAUUACCUAUUCCAUCAGAGGGAAUUAUUAACUACAAUCAAUCGGUGGCUGAUGUCAACCAUAUUUAUGUCGGUGUUUCCUCACUCGAGUCAACUUGCCUUUUAUUUAUCACUGGUUUGGACAUAUAUUAUACUCGAGUUACUCCAUCAAAAACAUUCGACAUACUUAAAGAUGAUUUUGAUCAUCUUUUAAUAAUAAUUGUUCUCGCAGCUCUUUUGUUAUUCUCUAUAGCAACAAAAUACCUGGCAUCAAGAAAAACGCUCAAUGCUGCCUGGAAAUAGUGAAGUUGACUAGUAUAACUUUCAAAAUUUUCACCAUUUAAUUACAAAAUAUUGAAAAAACAACAUAAAUUAAAAUAUUCUGAAUAGUCUUGAAAAUUUGCCUGAAAACCAAAUUGUAAUAACUUAAUUUAAACACUCGAACAUCAUUUGAACUAUCCGAGUAAGACUGAAAAUUUUUCAAUAAACACGAAAGUGAUUUUUUCAUAUAA